UCGCUGGCCGACGGAAAGAGAUUUUCCGAAAGAGAGAGAGUGAAAGAGUGAAAGUCCGACCACCCUUGGGGUCAGAAAUGUGGCGUUACCAUACGCGACUCGCUCUUUCUUCUGGCACGCCUGCGCCAAUGAGAGGCGGAAAACUCUUGGGAAAUUCAGGCCCACUCCGAAGACCAAAACCGAAACCGAAACCAAAACCAAAAACCCGACUUCAGUUGCCAUUGUAAUGCCAACGCAAUCGGCACGCGUUUGGCUUUCGCGCCUGGCGGGUUUUAUUCGCUGACAAGCCAACACAAAAGAAGAACAACAAAGCUCGCUGAGAAUCGGGGAAAAUCGCAGUGUGUUGGAUAAAGUAUAAAUCAUGUGCGAGGAAAUCAAGGCAAUUCGGAAAGUCGACGGACUUGAGCCAAAGAUGAAAUCAACAGCGAGAAAUUGCCAGUCAUAAAAAAAGGGAAACGCAAGUGCUUCCAGCAAUAAACUUCCACCGCCAACUGUGGCGACCAAUAGUCAAGGAACCAUGGCCACCAGUACGUCGAACAUGUCCCGCAACGGUGGCUUCUGUGGUGCACUGCAGCGGGCCCCGCCGCCGAUGCCGCCGACCCUCAUCCGACGCCUGAGUAGCCGGGAGUGCUACGGAGUGGGCAAGGUGAAGGUCAUGCUGCGGGUGGCGGACCGGGACAGGAACUCCGGCGGAACUGAGCCGGACUUUAUGGCCCUGGACAAGAAGAAGCGACAGGUCACGCUCACCGAUCCAAAAACCGCGUGUCCGCCGCCCCAAGCUGCCCAGGAACGGGCACCCAUGGUGGCCGCCCCCAAAAUGUUUGCAUUCGAUAACCUCUUCACCGGGGAGGAUAAGCAGUCGGAUGUGUGUGCAUCGGCGCUGAGCGAAGUGAUACCCGCCGUGCUCGAAGGCUCCGAUGGCUGCCUGCUGGCCAUGGGAUAUCCUGCCACCGGCCAGGCCCAAACGGUGUUGGGGGAGCUGGGCGGUGGUGGUGGCAGUGGGAGUGGGAGUGGCAGUGGGAGUGGCAGUGGGGGGACGUGUUCCCUGGGAGCAGCCCCCUGCGCCAUCGCCUGGCUGUACAAGGGCAUCCAGGAGAGGCGCCAGAAGAGCGGAGCGCGCUUCUCGGUGCGGGUCAGUGCCGUGGGCGUCAGUGCCACCAAGCCGGAUGCCCUCUCGCAGGACUUGCUCAUCUCGCAUGCAGCCGAAUCUGACGACUCCCCGGGGAUUUAUUUGCGUGACGACUUCCUUGGCGGUCCAACGGAACUACGUGCACCCACCGCCGAGCGUGCGGCCCUUUUCCUCGACUCUGCGCUCGCCGGACGCUUAAAAAGUUCCGGUUCCACGGCAUCUGGGAGUUCUGGAUGUGCUGCCCCCCUGGAGUCCGCCCUCAUCUUCACGCUGCACGUCUACCAGUACAGCCUGUCCCGCAAGGGAGGUGUCGCUGGCGGUCGCAGCCGUUUACAUAUCAUCGACCUGGGCGGGUGUGCGAAUCGCAGCGGGGGACUGCCGCUGUCGGGGAUCGGGAACAUACUGCUGGCGAUACUAUCCGGCCAGAGGCAUCCCCCACACAAGGACCACCCGCUGACCCCGCUGCUUAAGGACUGCCUGGCCCCCAUCACCUGCCAUGUGGCCAUCGUGGCCCAUGUGCGACCGGAGCAGAGCUACCAGGAUGCCCUCUCCACCAUUCAAAUCGCAUCCAGAAUUCAUCGGCUGCGUCGCAGGAAACAUCGAGUUCCCAUGCCCCUGGCUGUGGGCUUGGCCCAAGGACUCGGCGGCAACGGCUCCUCGGCGGGAUCGGGUGCAGAUCCCUCGAGCUCGGAAAUCUCUGCCGACACUGUCAUCUAUAUGGGACCCAAUGACGACGCCACGGAUGGGGAACAUCCGCCCGUAUAUCUGCCAUCGCUGACUGCGGGGGAUAAUCGCGGGGUGAUGAGUAAAGCCCUCAAGGGGAGUGGGCUGGAGAAACCCCCCUCGAAGUCAGCUUCCAACAGUCCCAUGAUGAUGAAAAAAGCCAUGGCAGCGGAAAAAGCCAAAAAGCUUCCUGGAAGCCACACGGGCAGCUUGAAGCGCCAGGCGGGAGCGGGAGCCUGCUCCUCCCCAACGAUUCCCCACGAGCAACCACAAAUGCAGGCCAUGGGAUCGCCUAUACCGAUACCACGGCACAUGGUGUCCAAGGGUUCGAUGGUGCCCUCGCCGAAGGGAUCGCCCAUGCGAAGAGCCCAUCCGGGAGCAGCUCUCGAACAGCUGGAAGCGGGAAUGAGGAAAAUAACGGAGGAGCAGUGGAUCGAUGGACCCCGAGUGUCCAGGGCCAAGGUGGCGGAAGCUCGGCAUCUAAUGAGGGAGGUUAAUCAUGUGAAGCAGUGCGAAACCUGGGUGGAUGGUCCAAAGUCGCAGUCCUGCAGAUCCUUGACAGCCGGCAAUCUUCCAGCAGCCGGCGGAAGUCAGACGCAGGGCUAUGGGUUUAUGGAUGCCCACAAGAAGACCAUGAUUCGACAGUGGGUGGAGAAUCAGACAACGCAAGUCUUCCAAAGUACAGUGUCCGCCAGUAACUCCCCCACUGCCUUGCACUGGAAACUCUCGCAGUUGAAGCAGAAAUCCCUGGACUUACCAGACAGACCUGCUUUCAAUCCGGAACCCUCUUUGGAUCUCAAUCAGCCGUGCUUCGAGAGCUUACCCCUCCUGGAUCCUGCUCCACCGGAUGGCGACGAGGACGAAGACAGCGGCCCCUCAGAGGUUCCCCCUGCUCUUCCAUUAUUGGAUGAUCCCCUCGGCUCCAGGGACAUAUCGCAGGAUAACCUGCAUAGGAUGCUCUCGCGGCAUGUGUCCAGGGAACAGCUUCAUGAGGCUGAACUGGUGGCCAGUCGAGCGUCAUCCUCGCAUCAUCCAUCUCAGCGGAGCAUUGAUUGUGGUCUGCAAGUCACGGAGGAAGAGAUUGCCAGGACCAUGUCCAGAGAUCGGGAUCACGAUCCCAGCGCGCAUCCUCUAUCAGCUUUGAGUCACUGCGACAAUAUAUCCUUCGUGUCCAGCUUCAACAUGGCCUGUGAGUCCUUCAGCGAGUGCGGCGAAAGAGCAAGACAACAGUUUGAUCAGCUGGCUCGCCUGCAUGAGAUCUUCACCUCCCAACUGGCCAUGGCCGAGGUCACGCCCUCCGCCGCCCUUUUCCGGACCGAUAUUGGAAGUGUGUUCAGCGAGCCCGUAUAUCACUUCAAUGUUGGCCAGAGUAGCGUUUGCAGCGAACCAGCCUACAGAUUGACCCCCAGUCCGCCAAAGCAACCGUCGCACAGUCCAAGUCAAGGGUCACUACCCAGCUUGAACGGCAUCAUGGAGAUAGCAGGGAUGGAUGAUUAUGCUCUGCUCCGCCAGCCAGACGGAGCCUCCGAUCCCAAUCUGCAGAAGGGAGAGAAGAGAUUCACCCCGCAGCACGAUGAUAUUUGCGAGUUGGAUGAGAAAUCCAUGGCGGCAGCGGUGGGCAAGCGAAAUUCUCUGGAGGAUGCACAGCACAAGCUGAACGAGAUCACGAAUAUCCUGCCCCUGGCUGCCCAAUCGCGACUUCCCCUGCUGCCCCUGAAUACCAGCUCCGAGGCCUACGACAGUGGCCAUGACUCCAACUCCACUCCGAGGACUUCCAAGCAUUCGGGCAUAUCCCGAAGGGCGGAGAGUGGCUAUCACAGUGUGGCCACCGUGAGGGAUUCGGAUGAGAGUAGCUUCGCGUCCGGCAUGUCCAAGGGCCAGCGGCAUCGCAUCACCGUCUCAGGAACGGGAGCAGUCACAUCGGCGGGCAUUGGAAAUUACCAGAGGCAGUGCCACAAGAAGCGACAUCGACAGGAUCAGGCUGGCAAUAAUAAAGGACUCUGCAACUGGCUCUUGACCCCCUUUUCCUGCACUUAUCCAGAGACUGAGGGUGAGAUCAGCGAUUUUUAAACAGCAACAAGACACCGCAUCCAAGUCCAAAACGCCCACCAAAAACCACGCAAAAAACCGAGCUAGUCCAGCAUUCAAAAUGGCCAAACACAAACAAGCAAACGCAAACCAAAAAGGAAAAUAUCAUACAGUUUUAGGAAAACACGACUAGAUUCAGGUUUAAGGAUAGAGGAUCUUUGAUAGCGACUGAUUAACUUUUACUAGGCGACGGCUGCCACCAUCAAAAACCAAACACAAAAACCAAAACAAACAUACCACGCGGAGAAACGAACCAGUGGAAAAGAAAUCAUUCAAUUUUAAAGUAAUCUAAUAACUAAAUACCUAACCCAAUUACCUAAAUAACUCAUAAUAAGAUCAGUGGACUUCGCGGCGGGUGUAAGACAGUUUAAAGCUCCUUUAAGUGAAAUUAUGAAGUACGUUGGUAGGACACAUGCAACUAAUCAGCGGUUUUGCGAUAAAGUAAAGUACACAUAUCUUGGACCCAUCUGUAUUUCAUUUUACACAAGCACCACAGACUCUUGGCAAAACCAUAUCUAUAAAAUAUCAACCUUUUAACAAUUUUACAUUUUUGAGCUGUUUCUGUCUUACACCAACCCGACCCACUGAAUACGCUAUAAAUCAAUCGAAUCAAUCACUCACUCACUCACUAAAUACACGCAUAAGUUCAAACGGGGCUUUAAAUAUCUUAAGUUGCCAGCUAGCAUAAUGCCGGAUAGUCGAGAUACAUUUGGAGGCUAAGGAUCACAGUGCGAACAAGAAGUCUCGACUAUCUCUAUUGUAUCUAUAAAUAUUGAACGUAAAUAUAUUAUUAACAUAAUCAGGCUACAAUCACUAUGACUUUACAAUGCAGAGAUACAUCUAUAUACAUACACUAUAUAUACACGCAAACGUAUUUAUAUACACACUCAAUAUACAUACAUAUAUCAUAUAGCUAUUUAUUGUUUAGUUUGGGUUAUCUGUUCGGGCAGUCGAUUUAAGAUCAAGUAUGCUAAAUGUUGAAUGUUUGCUUAUUCAAACGAUUUAUUGCCAAUUAUAAGUUACAAAAUGUUUAAAUUAAUUGUUAGUUAGCUAAAGUUAUACACAUCUACUACUAAUCAUGAAAAGAGCGACAAGAACCAAUGACUAUAAAGCGAAACGGUUUUUGCACAGUAGACAAAUGUUAAACAUACAAUUUUGUUGCCAUUUUUGCCUAAAUAAACUAUGUUACAAAACGAAAAACGAAAAACGAACAAAACGAAAUGAAGUGAAGUGAAACCAAACGAAAGCAUAUGGAAAUUCAACAAAAAAUAAAUAAAUUAUAUAUUUAUCAGAGAUACAUAUACUAUAAGGACGGCGAGUCGAUGGAUGAUUUUAAGGAAACCUAUUGCAUAUUCUAUAUAAAUAACGUAACAAACAUAUUAUACAAAACAUAAUGAUGCAAGCAAAAUGAACGACGCCCGGAGGUAUGCAACGAAUUGUGUGCCAUCUGGGGAAUAGCUAAAAUUUUGUGCCGCAUUUUGUUCGUUUCGAUUCGAUCAUCAACCUAUAAUUAUAAUUAUCGACAUUCCUUCAUUGCCUUUUUAGUCAGCGUCAUCAGCAUAUAAACAAAGCAAAUGUCUAAGCCAUGCAAACACACUAAUUAUAUUGCAUUAUCCAUACAUAUUUCGUACAAUUAUUAUUCCACUUAUCAAGCGUAGUUAAUCACCCACGAAAACCGCUCUCGUAUGCUUUAAAUUAAAAACAUAAUCACCAAAAGCCCAAAAGCCCAAAAGCCUAAAAACGCCCCCACUCACAACCGAAAUUCUUUCAACCCAACCCAAAUUGCAAUGUGCAACCUGGAAAAUCCAACCUACGUACAUAUACGAUACAUUCAAACAUACAUCUAUGAUGGAGUCGUCGACUUCGGCGCUGAAUACAGACUAAUUAUUUUUUAUAAUAUAAAC